UUUUUUUUUUGUUCCAGACAUGCUUCGAUGUGUCUUGAACAAAAGAUUCUUACCAAGUCUAAUUAAAUCAAGAGCGUUUAUUGCAACACCCAUUUUAAACAAACGUAUUGUAAACGUCAAAUUAAGUGAAUUUAAAGUUAAUAGAUCGAAGCCAGAAAAAUUAGAUAAAUUACCUGAUCAUGUAGAAAUUUCAACUGGAUCAAUAGUUCUUGAUACAGUACGUGCAUAUACAAAAAAGUACCCUCUUUGUGUACUCUUAGUUCAAGUGGGUGAUUUUUACGAGCUUUAUGAAUCCCAUGCCACUCUCUAUGCGUCUCAAUUAGAUUUAAAACUGACUAAAAAAUUAAUUACUGCUAACACCGUUGUUGAUUUUGCUGGUUUCCCUUCAAGAUCAUUAGAUCGAUAUCUAGACAUAUUGGUCAAUAAACUUCAAUGCAAAGUUGCUCUGUGUGAGCAAUUAGGACCUGUGUCGAGAGAAGAUAAAUCAAUCGUGGGCAUGCAACGUCGAAUCACAAGAAUUAUUACACCAGGCACUGUCAUCGAAGACCGAUUUUUAGAUUCAAAUCAGUACAAUUAUCUUUUGUCUAUUUUCCCAAAUAAGGAUUUUAUAGGAUUAGCUUGGGUUGAUAUAUCUGUUGGAGAAUUUAUAAUGCAGCGUACAACACUAGUGAAUUUAAAAAAUGAUCUUGCUCGAAUUGGGCCAAGAGAAGUUAUUUUGCCAGAAUCUAUGCGUCCCUCCGAUGCAGUAUUAGAGCAAGGCUUAAUAGAUCAGGAUGCCUAUGAUCCCAUUACAAAAAUGUUAGUGGCUGAUUCUAGUAUUGCCAUAAGUUAUGAGCCUGCUGAACAUUAUGAUGCUUAUAAGGCUGGACGAACUUUACACAGUAUGUUUAAGAGAUUUUCAGAGACAGCACCUAAUUUUAGUAACGAUGAAUUAGCAGCAGGAAUGGCAUUAAUACUAUAUGUUAAUGAAACACAUGUCGAUAAAAAGCUAAAAUGGCAAAUGCCCAUACAAUUUAAUAUAAAUGAAUCAGUACGUAUUGACAGUGCAGCCAUGACAUCACUUGAAUUAUUGAAAAGUCUUCAAGGGAAAAGGAUGGAUAGUUUAUUGGGUACUUUGGAUCAUACAUCAACAAGUGCUGGAUCACGAUUGUUGACACGUUGGAUCACCUCUCCUUUAACCUCCAUAUCUGAGAUCAGAAGACGUCUAGAUAUUGUAGAGUUUUUUACGAAUGAUAUCUUUUUAUUGAAGGAUAUACGUAGUCUGUUGCGUCAAAGUACAGAUGCUCAAAGGGCACUUCAACGUUUAGCACUUAAACGAGGUCAACAUUCUGAUUUACUGGAGAUUUUAUAUACCCUUGAUGUAAUUCAAAGCAUUCAUAGUAAAUUAAAACUACCAGAGGCUUUGAAGGAUUUUAUGAUAGACAUGGAUCCUCAUAGAUCUAUUUCAUCCUAUAUUAAAGAUGCCUUUGAUUAUGAGCAAAUUCAAUCUAAAGGAAAUAAUAAGGAAUAUGGAUUUGUCAACCAUGCUUUCCAUCCAGAGUUAUCAAACCUUCAUCAUGAAUUAAAUCAAUUAGAAACUAAAAGACUGAACUUACAAACCGAAUUACGUGAACUAUGCGGAAAUUCGCUUACAUUACUCACAGAAGGCUCUCUUAAGCACAUUAUUGAAGUAAACGCGCGACAAGCACACAAUAUUCUUACUAGGUUUCCAAAUGCAAUACCAUUCAACCAUACUAAAAGUAAACAUCGUUUCCAAGUAGAAGAAUGGACAGAUAUCUCUAUUCGUUUAGAAAACAUCCAAUCGCAAAUUAUAGAAAUAGAGAAUAAAAUUUUUACAGAAGUGGUUGAUAGAGUAUUGGAUCAUAGUACGACUAUUUUACAAAGUUGCAGAAAGUUGGCACAAUUAGACGUCCUUACCUGCUUUGCUCAUAUCGCUCAUGAAAAUAAUUAUGUUCGUCCUCGAAUAACACAAACAAACCGAACUAUGAUUAUGGGUGGUCGACAUCCAGUUGUAGAAGCCAACUUGGCAAGAAAAGGGCGAAUGUUUGUUGCUAAUGAUUGUGAUGUGCAAGAAAAGCAACGUAUUUGGCUAUUAACUGGUCCCAAUAUGGGUGGGAAAAGUACCUUUUUGAGACAGUAUGCAAUUAUUGUCUUGAUGGCUCAUAUAGGAUCCUUUGUUCCUGCUAAUCGUGCAUGGAUAGGCGUGACAGAUAGAAUUUUUAGUCGGGUAGGCGCAGCUGAUAACUUGGCGCAAAAUCAAUCUACUUUUAUGGUUGAAAUGUCUGAAGUUUCUACAAUUCUUCAACAGGCAACAGAAAAGUCUACGGUUAUUAUGGAUGAGGUUGGUAGAGGCACAUCCACUAAAGAUGGAUUUUCAUUAGCGUAUGGUGUAUUGGAUUAUCUACAUAACCAUAUUAAAUGCCGAACCUUAUUUGCUACACAUUAUCAUGAACUAGCUGAUGCUACUUCAAAUUUUAGUAACAUCAAAUGCUACCAAACCAGUCUUGAGGAGGAUCAGGAUGGCGGAUUUCGAUUAGAUCAUAAAGUUCAACCAGGUGUUUGUCGACAAUCACACGGAAUAAAGGUUGCUCGAAUUGCAGGUUUGCCAGAUUAUGUUAUAAAUAAAGCAAACGAUAUGUGGAAUUCAUUACAAGUUUCUCAGUCACUAAUCUCAUCUAGCAAAUUCAAAGACAACUAACUAGUAUAGAAAUAAUAAUAAUGAUAAUAAUAAAAAAAAUGUAAAUAAUUUACGAAUGUAAAUAAUAAAAGUACAUAAAUAGCUAAUCAAUAAAAA